AUGAGGUACCAGACCCUGCAGUCAGAGUGGAAGAGAUAUGCACAGCAGUCAAAGCAACUCUCAGAGGACAUUUCAACCAAGCUCACAAAGGACACUGUUGAGAUUGAAGGUCAGAUUCAAGAGCAUCAAGCCAUGGAUGAAGAGAAUCUCUCACAACUGGAUCGUGAUGUGACUGAAGGAAAGCAGAUUGUAGAGAAUUUCGUGCAGGAAGAAGUGGCAAAGGAUGUACCAACAGGUCACACACCUCAGAGAUACGAGUUUAGAUAUCCACGAAACUUGACCAAGACCGACGACCAUAACAGACUUCUUCAGCAAUUCAGAGAAACACGAAGAGAGUCUGAUCCUAUCGUGAUGAAUUUGUCAUCGCAGCUUGAAGAGACUGGAAGUGACACGCAAUCUCCUGCGGCAUCUGUCGAGGACAUUCGUGGAAGUCAGAGCAACCUCAGCGAGGCGGGCACAGAGGUCUCUGUGAAAUCCAUGGCAAGCACAUCUGGAGUUUCCACCACCAGUCACAGGAGCAAGAUGUCUGAUGUGGACUCCAUGAAAGAAAACAAGGCUAUCAAGUCAAUGCGACCACCUCAAGGGACCUCAAAGAGGGCCAAAGCUCCAUCCAAGACUCCUUCUAAGACACCAACGAAAGGAUCAGUGUCAAACAGUUCAAGAACGAAGUUGCCUUUACGCUCAAAUAAUCCUUAAGCCCAUUACGUAGUGGUGAAAAAUAUGAAAAUGUUACUUUUUGGAGUUAUUGUCAAAAUAUUCUUUUCAUAAUUUUAGAUUGUAAUGCAGCUAUCAACUACAUUUGAGACCAACCAGAUAAGCCUUAUAAUGUUAUGAGAUAUCUACUUUUAUGGGCAGCACUGUUUGUUUUUGUUUUUCAAGAAUAUUUUGUUUUGAAAAGUUCUGCAUUUAUACUGUAAUGAAGAUCACUUUGAGACCACCUUUGCUGUUACAAUAUCACAUCUUCAUUAUAACAUAAGCUAUUUUCUUCAUGAUUGUAGAUACAAGUUCAGAAUCGAAUCUCGAAGGGUCUGUUAUAGUUAUAGAAUUUUUAUUGUAAAGCAUGAUUUUAAUGAGUAGAAGUGUAGUCGAUAUUGUGCCCACGUGGCUGCCAGUUUGCCAGCUGACAACUAGAUAUCCAUUUCAAGGAGUGUGACCACUAUUAUAAGCCUACCUACGGC